AACGAAUUUGGUUCGACAGCGCAGUUUAGGCGCCAUUUACGAGUUAGAGUUUUCAAGCAGGAUAGCGACUCGGAAUGACGCUGGACUAAAGUUUGUGGAUUUUAUUUACAACUCCUCGGAUUCACGAUUAUUUUUUGUCGAUUUCAUCUCUUGAGGCAAGGAGAGGAGACCUUUUGACAGACCGUGUCCAUAUCGUGGAAGGUACUUCACUGUUGGACAGAAAUUGAUGACUGGGUUCCGUCUAUUUGCUGAAACGCAUAACCUUAGUUUCUUAACGGACUGAUCAAAAACACGAUUACUACAGUUUUAACAUUAUUGACGGUUGAAAUUCGUACCGGCUGCUGUUAACGGGACUACGAAUUGCUCUUAGAAGUUAUUUUUCUCGCUUUUUUCCGUUAAAGUCGCCCUUUCGUGUAUACACAUACACACUUAACAGUAACAUGCAACUUAUCCGACUGUCUGAGCUUAUGUUAACGUUGCAGGUGGUUGUGAGUUGGAUAUCGACUCUUUUGUUCGGAAAAACGUAAAUUUCCUCGGGUUCCACAAACAGCAAAGGGAAUGCUUUAGAGACUAAAAACUCUUGCUUCGCUUUCCUGACGUACAGUUUAGGGUUACAGUGUUGCGGUAACGUUUCGGCUGCUCAACAUAUACGUUUCCUAGUCAGCGUUAGCCAUCACGUUAGCUUUAGCCAUGCUGCAUUACUUUUCCAUACAUAGUUAGCCACAGCAGCUACAUAGAAAAGAGCGUAAUUUUAAGACGAAUAAAUACUGCGCGUUCUUCAGACUAGUAGUACCACGUGAUUUAUUAAGUAUACUAAAGCGUGUAAUAACAUUUCAAUCGGUGCAGCGUUACCACAAAGUUAUUUGAAUGUGCUCCCCAAUUAGCUUGCUAGCGAGUUUGGUUGCCCCGUCCACACCUCCGCCCCUGACAAAGUUUGGGGGAUGAUAGCCAUUAUCAGUGUCAGUUUGAGACCCUGAUCAAUUUAGGACGUUGAGUCUUUACCAUCGAAUAGGAGACACUCUUGCUGCGCCUGCUCAUAAGUUUGGGUACAAUACAGGCUAGGCUACGCGUUGAUAGGAGAGAAUUUAGCUUUAAACACCUAAUCAUAAUUUGUUUUCGGAUUAUAGCGCUACGUUAACUUAUUUUUUUUCUAGUUUCGCUCUGACAUUGUGAGGGCCACUCACAGUGCAACUCUAUGACGCGCAAAUCCUGUGCACAAAAGUUAUCUGAUUUCCAAUGAUGGAUGGUGCGCAUUUUUUUUGCAUUUAUUUAAAAUGAGUGCUAAAAUAGCAUCUAAUUUGCUACAUCAUCAUGCAGUUUUGCAACCCAAAACCCAUCUAAUGUCAUCAGGCCGACAGCCUUUAUUAAUAACUCGCGUUGUUCAGGUCCCCAACACUCUUAUACGUGGCGCUGCUUUGGAUGUCUUUGUAAAAGUUUAAAAAUGUGAACCAUAUACCGGCUAAAAAGUUAGUGGGGCGGCAGUGAGAAUUGACUGUGGUAAUGAUUUAAGCCUGACAACGGGAGCUGCGUGUGACCGACUUAAUGUGGAGUGUCGGAGAUUGACAGGCAAAAAAACCAUUCAUGGAUAUUCUUUUUUUUGAACCAAUGAUUCCCUUAGAUCGCAAAUCAUGCCAUCUAAAACUGCAAAAAGCUCAACUGCCUCCGCCAAGCCAAGAGGGAAAGGGUCGCAGCCUCGGGAUGACUCCGAAGACGAGCUGGAUGUACCCCCCCAAGAAACCAACUCCAAUGGCCAAGAGGAGGCACCGCCGACAACUGGCAAGUAACAAAGGCUGUUUUGGUGUCUGUGAAUCUAAAUAAGUUGUGUGCACUCAAUGGCGAUACGUGUAUUGCUGUGUUGUUAGUGGUCAAUUGGCAGGGCUGUGAAGCUUUUUUUUCCGCGCUUAAAUCUCAACACGUAGUUAGAAUGGCUGGGAUAUUUUUUUCUGAAGUGUCAGUCAUCAAUACAUGUCUUAUGAUUUUUGAGAUGAGUUUGAUAUCGUCGAGGGCACUUCUUCCUCGAAUCUUCUUCACAAUAGAGGUAAUUUCUAUCGGAAAGAGAAGUUUCUCUGUGCUGCAUGUUUCUCAAAAAAGGGUGUUUGGUUUAAUUCUAUUCAGCAGAUAAUUUGUGUGAUAAUUUGUACUCGAAGGUUGAGAUUCACGCCGCUCUUUGUUUUUGUUUGUGUUAAUUACAACACUGAAAUGCUUGAUUGCUUGUUUGCCUGCAACGUUUUAAUUCACAAACAUCGACCUCUGGGCUUGUUUAUGCUUAUGUGAGCACAAUAGAUUUUGGACAGGUCGUUGUGGCUUGGUGUGAUGGAAACAAAAUAGGUUUUAUCUGUUCAGUAUCGGUGUCAAAAAUAGGGUUUUAUUGGUCGGUGUUUUGGUUGCAGUUCAGCAUGAGUGAAAACGUGACGUUGAUGCCUGAAAUGAUCUCUUUGUUUUUUUAAUAUCGACGAAAUGAAUGUGGCGCAUCAAGUCUCACGUAUCAACGCUUCUCGCGGAGCGUUUGUAUCACAACGUGGAUUUGUUCUUAAGCGUCCACGGGCUCUUUCUUUUUAUUCGUUUGCUCUUGCUUUUGGGGAACAAAGAAAAUAAAGCCUGUCAACUUCUCGGGAGUGUUGUUUUGGCUGUUGUAACUUGCUGCCUGUGUUUUGUUUGUUUGUUUUUUUUCUUGCUCCUCCACCCCUCCCCCAACGCUUCACUGUCCCCCACCUGAAACGACGCACAGAGGAAUAAAAAGUUGUACUUUUUUUGUCUGUGCCACAGAUCCGUCUCACGGGGAAGCUGCCGAGGCGGUUGAUAAUCGAAGUUUGGAGGAGAUUCUCGUUAGCAUCCCUCCACCCCCGCCCCCAGCAAUGACCAAUGAACCGGGCGCUCCUCGCCUCAUGAUAACACAUUUAGUUAAUCGCAACUUUAAAUCGUAUGCAGGCGAGCAGAUUCUGGGGCCUUUUCACAAGGUACGACCAAACAUGGUUACAAAUGUCAAACCUGUGUGGGAACCACUUUGUUAAUGUGUUGUCUUGAGGUCACAGAUUUACCAACAUGUGUGGUGUUUCUGAAUUUAAUUUAUUUUAUCCAUAACUUCCUUUUAUGUAAAUGUAAACAACUUGUUUUCUGUUGUGUCAGACAGAGGGCACUUGGAAAAAAAAUAUUUGACUUGAGUAUGACAGUUAUUAGUAUUUUUAAAAAUUAUUUUUGUGAAAGUGGAAAAGUCACACUCCUCCAUUUUGAUUUAGGGAGUGUAUUUUACAAUAGGUGUUGAUACAGUGAUGAACUUGAGUUGUCUUAAAUUGUUACUUUCUCUAUACUUUGAUUUUAUUCUUCUCACUGCUUCCCUUGCCACUGAGCAUAUAUUGUGUAAAAAUAAAUCUUAACUACACCUACUUGGAAUGCAUUCAAUGACACAAUCUAACCAAGCCGAAAUGUUAAAUCAGAGCUCAUUUUUUAAACUUUUACAUCAAAUGUUUGAAUAAAUAAGAUGUUUUCAUCAAGCUGAUAUAUAUUUAUAUUUCAUCUUCUCCUGUAUCCCUUUUUUUCCAGCGUUUUUCGUGCAUCAUUGGUCCAAAUGGAAGUGGGAAGUCCAAUGUGAUAGAUUCAAUGCUCUUUGUGUUUGGAUACAGAGCUCAAAAGAUCAGAUCGAAAAAGCUCUCAGUACUGAUUCACAGCUCUGAUAAACACAAAGAUGUGCAAAGCUGUACUGUGGAGGUGCAUUUUCAAAAGAUUAUUGAUAAGGUAAAUAUAUCCCUCUGUAGCUAUAUCUCUUUCAUACACAUGCACACUACACUCACUCUGACCUCCCCCAGAUUGGUCAAUACACAAUCCAGAUUGAGAGGGAAGAUUUACAAUUACUUUUGAGUGUACAAAGUUAAUUUAUUUCAUUUUGAAUCCAUGCUUUUUUCCCCUGCAGUUCUUGAGAUGAUUAUUUCUGCACUCAAAUCACAAUAAUGACUAAACAGAAGCUGAAAUUAGUCUUGGGAGUGACAACAAGCACCCACACAUCUAACAGUCAGUUCUUAUUAAGCAAGAACUGAUAUCUAUAUUUUUCACUAUUUUUAGAACCUUUCAUUUCAUGACUAGACCACACUUAUUUGAUGCAGCUGUGGAAAGUGAAUGAAAUAGGUAUUUGUAAAACUGAACAAAUUAAAAGAAUUAUUUCAAAUAUCAGUAAAAGCUUCUGCAAAAAGAAUUGGUGUUGAAGCUGUUUGUGUAUUCAGUCUGCCACAAGGGGUGUAAGUUUUUGCCUUGACCACUGUUGAAUGCAUUUGGAUCUCCCUUUCAAGUCCACAAGUUUCUAAAAAAAAAUUAAAAUCAAGUAGUGAAACAACUGAGAUAAUUAUAUCAAGUCUGCCAGCUUUAAAAAUUUCCAUCUCUGCCACUCCAAAAAAUUCUGAAGAUGUGGUGUACACAAUUUUAACUCUUGGAUUUGUCUCUGAAAUUAUUACAUGUAAGCACAUUUCCUGCCUCUAUAAAUCUGAAUCAUAAUAUCAUCAUAUAGAAAUUGUUGUUUGAUUAUUAGAAAUGCAAUUUGACAAAAUGUGGUUUGUUUGACAUGUACAUGUAGCUUGUAGAGAUGUGUUGUAUACUUAAAAAUAUUUUUCUCUUCAUUGUUUUAUAAGUAGGCAGUUCUUUAACAACACCCUCGGUACAUUUUCCAGUAUUCAGAGUAUUAUCAUUUGAUGUGUAGUGCUGUUUGAGUUUCUCCUGAACUGUUCUGCUCUAAGCUGCUCUGUCUCUUCUGCCCCUCCCCCCUGUGAGCCAGGAAGGAGAUGACUACGAAGUCAUCCCCAACAGCAAGUUCUAUGUUUCCAGGACUGCCAACAAAGACAAUUCCUCAGCCUACCAUAUCAAUGGCAAGAAAGCCACAUUCAAAGAAGUUGGGACUUUACUCCGGAGCCAUGGUAUUGACCUAGACCACAACAGAUUUCUGAUCUUACAGGUAAUUGCUAAGUUUUUAGCACUUCUUCUUCUCCUCCUUCUCCUGACCCUUUUUUUUAUCCCUGCUGACAUCUCAUUCUGUUAGAAAUUUCCUGCCCUUCGUUCUCUGCUCAUUUCUCAGUCCUUUUUGACUUCAUGGCUUUAUUAUAAGCCAUGCCUGACUUGGGAAUAACCUGCUGCACUGAAAUAAAAGGAGAGGAUGUGUCCUCUACCAGCCCUUAGACUGCUAUAGCAGCGCAUCAUGGUUUGAAACAAUGUGGAAAAGGUGCGAACCAUUAUUUGCUGCUUUAGAAUUUUAAGGAAUAAUUUCCUCUCGAGCUCAUACACGGACCUGGAUGUGAGCCGAACAGCUACCUCAGACUUUGUAGAAGGGUGGGAAUGUUUGACAGGGUUGACCUACUAGUGGGGGCAAGUUGGACCUCCCUUUCCCUUCCCUGUCCCAUGUACCUGCCACGCUUUAGCAGCACGUAAAUAUUGGCGUGUGAGAAUAGACCCCAACCCCAAUAUUAGCAGUGCUGCUUCAGUGUGGCAGGAUCAGACACUCUCCAUUACCAUGCCUUUUAAUAUUGGUUCAGCAUUUUCCUUUUUUCCAAUCUCCACUGGGAAUGUAGUGCAUUCCUGUUUAUUUCUGAAUUAUUAUUUCUUGCUUUUUUUUUUUCUAUUAUAAUUUUUGUGUGCGUGUGAGUGUCGCAGUGUUUUCCCACUAGUUACACUCCCACCCCUUCUGAUUGUAUGACAUGUGUGUGACCAACCCAUUAUUACUUAUUAACCCAAGCCUUGUGGAGCGAUGACUUCUGUCAGACUAAAACAAGAUGGCUGAUUUUGCUGUCCUAAUCUUUACAUUUAUUUUAUACCUAUAUGAAUGUGAAAUUUUUUCAGUUUGAGUUGGUGUUGGGUGAACACUUUUUUUUUUUUUUUUUGCCCUCCCAUGCGGUUUUGUGGUCAGCUGUUUGAUUAUACAGUAUGUGUCCUGCUUGACUUUUUUUUUUUUUCCUCUGUUGAUGUGUGUGCAUGCCCAUUCUCACUGUCCUUGGAUGUUAGGUCUGAAGCUCUCUUGUCUGUAACAUGGCUGCAUGACUGUUGGAAGAGGUUCUAGGUUGUUCUUCAAGGUCACUUUUCCAGGCCUCUGGCUAAAGGGAAGCUGUCUAUUUUGUGCACUGGUCAAAGCAGAGGAUGACGUGGGACGCCCCCCCCUCCCUUUCCUCUCCUUGCUUCUCCUUUCUUUUUUUUUCUUUUUUUUUUCGUAAGAGUAAUAAGUGAAACGCACUUAUAAAACAAAUUUAAAAUGUGUUAUAUGAAUUAUUUUUUUAAUGUUUAUGAAUUAUAUUUGUUUUAAAUUCUACAUUCAGAUCAGUGCUUUUUAUUUUAACCAGCCAGGCUUGAAAAUAGACCAAUAAAGAUUUACACACAUUCUGAUAUAUGCACAAUACUGAGAGUCAGAGUAUUAGAGUAUUAUUUAUGAACUUGAGAAAAUCAAAACAGGUUUUCACACUAUCAAAGGCCUGUGUAUGAUCACCUUGAAUUCAUUAAAAAAAAUUUAACAAAUUUUGUAGAAUAAAAUGUGGUUGUUGGGGGUUAUAUGGUGAAGGAACUGUGUCUCCUGCAGAAAAGAAAACUUUGCAGUGUGCUUUUAGAGCAACAUUCACUCUUAACUACAACACCACUGUCAGCAGGUGGAGUUUUGUUCUACUAUUUUUAAAGUAAGAGAGGUUUAUUAUUUUUACAUUAUUCUUCUUUGAAGCAAUAGAACUGUUUCUGUGUAAUCAGGUGUAGAGAGGAUUAUUUUUGGUUUGCUUGAGUCAGGAACAAUAUGCUGUCCUGAAAGAGUGCCUGUAGAAAUAAUUUUUGAAUCAUUCUGCCAAGUUGUGUGUGUAGCCUGAGGCAUUGCAAGUUAAGACUUAAAAAAUUAUGGAUAUACAUAUACAAGUAAUAUAUGUAUGUGUGUAUCUGUUUGUGUGAAAUAAAGUGAGUGCUGUGGAUUUUUAAUUUUUUUUUUUACACAUUAGUUUACAUUCCAUGUUUCAUCCAGUUUUUCUUUUUCUUUUUUUUUUUCUGAAAAUAAUUGCAUGCACUUCUUUAUCCAUCUGUUGCUCUGGGUUUUAUGUAGGGUGAGGUGGAGCAGAUUGCCAUGAUGAAGCCUAAAGGUCAGACACAGCAUGACGAAGGGAUGCUAGAGUACUUGGAGGACAUUAUCGGGUCAUGCCGCCUCAAGGAGCCCAUCCUGACCCUGGCCCGUCGAAUCGAGCUGCUCAAUGAGCAGAGAGGAGAGAAGGUGACACACUCAUACACUUCCUGGUCUUACUCUAAAAGCGAUGUUUAGAGCAUGAGGACACGUUUGGAAGCUUGUGAUGCAAAUGUGUGAGAUAAAAAUGGUACAUGUUGUUUUGUAACUGUCCAGUGUGUUUAUGGCUAAGGCAGCUUCCUAAAACAUGCAGAGUAGCUGCUCUUGAAACAGUUUUGUUUAAAUUGUAUAAAUACAUGACAGAGUUUGGAAAUUUAAUGUGAAUUUACCAUGCUGUUGCAGGUGUGUACAACAAAUAUAAUGCUGCUAAAGACACUGAUAAAGAACAAUUUUUUAAAUCUUUUUAUUUGAAGAGCAUUAAUGUAUAUGUCUGGAAAGAAAAUCACUUUGUUAAAAGACCUCUCAAUGUUUUUACUGUGUCAGCUAAACCGAGUAAAGCUCGUGGAGAAGGAGAAGAAUGCUCUAGAGGGGGAGAAGAACAAAGCUGUGGAGUUCCUCACUCAUGAGAAUGACAUCUUUAAACUCAAGAAUCAACUCUGCCAGUAUUAUGUGUGAGUGUGCGGCACCAUUUCUGUAUUCCUUCUCACAAAAUUCAACUUAGUCAUUUCAUAUCAGUAAAAUCAGGGGGGAGGAGUGUGGGAUUAAGGCAAAAUUUAUGUUCUAUUUUUAACUUCAUCGGGGGGCUGCAUUGGCCCUCUCUAGUGUCACGCCUUGUUUUAUUUACCCAGUGUCUAAUGAUUUUACCAUCCACAAAUUUUCUCUCAUGUAUCAACAACAUCAGCCAUGAUCUCCAGAAGCGUGUGGUAGAUAAGGAGCAGGAGAAACAGAAGAUCCUUGAGGACACCAAGGAACUUACUGAGAAAAAUGCAAAGAUCUCAGAAGAGAUGGAGAAAAUGAACCAAGAGCUGAAAAAUGUGGAGAAGUAAUGCAUUUUAUGUUCCCCUUUCCCUGCUUGACUUUUAUUAACUAAUUUAACAUGCUAAGGUCACAAACUUUUCUACCAGUUCAAAAAUGUUAUGGUUGUUGUGAGGCCUCUUUUGCCCAGAACAUUUUUGUUUAGAGGGGAAUUUCCCAUCCAGGUCAUGACAAGAAGAGUAGAAGUAGCCGUAUAAAUUGGGGUGUAGUGUAAUUUGAUUGUUUCACAAAUGCUUGCUAAACUGAAUAAUUUUUUCUCUAUGAGAAAAAUACAUUCACAUUAUUUUUAGUUUUAUUUGUUUUGGCCUUUGUGACUAUAUAUGUAUAUUUUUAAACUGAAAAGUAACUAAUCAAAAUAUCAAGGAACUAAAACCUGGAUGAGUUUUACAUUUUUUUAAUGUUAUACAGAAGCAGAACCUCCUAUCCCUGUUACAAACAUUGUGCUUUAUACGUCCUUAACAGUUUACAGUGAAUUUCAUAUUUCUGUUGACUUUUUUCUGACAUUAUUGACAAGAGCUCACCCAGUAAAAAUGCUGUUCCUCCACCAGGAAACAAAAUAAGCUCAACAAGUACAUUGAGACCCAGAAGGAGAAGUUCACCCAGCUGGACCUGCAGGAUGUUGAAGUGCGUGAGAAGAUUAAACACUCCAAGAGCAAGAACAAGAAACUGCAGAAGCAGCUAGAGAAGGACAAAGAAAAGGUGUGUUGGUCAGCCUGUUCACCCAAUCAAGUGACUGCACUCAACUCUGUGUUACUGUUUGACACUAUGUAGUUAUGAUUAUUUCACUCCGCCAGUUUUGCAGUGAGUGUUUUGACAUUAUGCCGUGGCACAGAGACUUCUAAUCUGUCAGAGGAGAGUAAUUGUAGCCAUUUUUUAUAAUUUAGACUACUUAUCUUAUUAACAAAUGCUGGGUUUAACUGAGUCAAGACAAGCUAGCACCAGCGGUAUGACACUCCAGUGUUACACUGUUUAUUUUGUCCCAUGGCCAAGAGAGAAACAUGGGCACUAAAAAUACAAUUUCCGUUGCUCAUAGAAAACACACAAGGCUGUUGUUGUGAAGCCUGAAGAAAAAGACAUUUGCGAAGACUCCACUUAAAUCUGAAAAAACACUAAACCUGCACACGAGUCAUUAAUGAACUGCAGAAUAAACAACAACACAACUCCUAUUUUUGACCUUUUUAUUAUACUCUAAGCCAGCAGUCAAAUUCACUCCCAGUAACUGUAGAUUUAAAGACUAUUCAUGUGAUUUAAUUCACUUCUUUAAACUCAAGAAUAACGGCACUGGUUGUGUGAGUAUGUGAUUAUACAUUUUCUUACUCUGGUUGUUUUUUUCUAUCUUUUAUUCUAGUAUAUAACUAAUGUGUAUGAGUUAUCAGAAGUAAAUAAGGUGGACUCAUAAGUCAAGCUCUUUCUUGAGUCACAGAAUGUUGUUAGUGUCUCUGAAAAGGAUUUUAAAAUGAAACCUGAACAAUUUUUAAGUCGAUAAAUCUUCCAAGAAAAAUGUUUGCAAGAAGGGGGGCAUUUUGAAAAGUGUCCUGAUGUUAAAGUGAUAUUUCAAAACAGAACUGCAAUUAUUGUGGUAAUCAUCACAAGUACACAAAACCAAACUAACAGUGAACUUAAAAAAUCAGUAUUCAAAAGGGUGAGGGGACCUUGCUUUUAUUUUUUUGUAAUAUGUCUUAUCUUGGGGGAGCAGUUAUUCCUGCUCUUUUCCUACCUGAAAUGUUAUUAAUCCCCGAAAAAAAAUCAAACCUGUAGAGACUUGUAACUCAGAUUCAAUGGCAGGGAGGGCUAUCUGACUUAGACUAGCCACUAGGGGGCUGUGAACUUGCACAAGUUGAUUAUUAUUGUGUUGGCCCUAUUGAUGGCCCUCUCGUGUUCAUGUUUUACACCAAACAAUAUUUCUUUAAUACACACCAGUGUCUCUCCAUUUUCCACACUUCAGGAACACUUUUUUCAGCAAACAUCUAGAGUUUAGAGUUCAUCCCCAAAGCCAUAAACUCUGUUAAAAAAAAACACUAUCUGCUCCUACAGUCCCUGUGCUCUGGAAACAUCCCGGUCAGAGUCGGGCAGACCUCAUGGGAGCAGUGUUCUGCUGUGUUGUAGUCAACUAUGGCCAGGCUUGUGUAACACUCCCGCCAGCUAUAUUCACAUUUCACCCAUAGUUAACCCUACAAAACAUAGACUACAUACACUCCUUGCCUUGUUUCAGCCCUGCCAAGCAGCAGAUUAUUGUGCCAGUCUUUACCAGGGCCUGCUCAGUCCUGAAUGUGUUUAUCAUUGAUUACAUUUGUGUGUUUUGGCCUGCUUACCCGUGUAGCACUAUUGCCUCUGACUGGCACUGGCCAAAUCAAAUUUAAUCCUCUUACUUUGUAGCUCUUAUCUUCUAAAACCUUCAUUGAUCCCUUUUAUAUCAUCAUCCAAUAGGAAAGGUAACAAGCUAUUAAUCCACGCUUUGUUGAAGUAUUAGAUUGUGUCCUCAAGUUAAAUCUAAACAGGUGUUGCUGCUGUUGCUCAGCAUCAGACACAUCUAAUUUGUGUUUUUGCCUACUCUUGUCUGGCUCAUCUUUCAGCUGGAGGAAGUGCGCAGAGUGCCAGCCAGCAGUGAAAAGGCCAUCUCUGAGGCAACAGCUCGCAAGGAGGAGCUGGAGAAGCAGAGGGUGAAAGAGGAGGAAAAACUGAAGGCUGUGAUGGAGAGUCUGAAGGAAGAGACCAGCGGCCUGCAACAGGACAAAGAGGUGUAUAUUGACAUUUUGAUGUUGCUCUGUCACAUACUAAAUACAUUUUCAUUUGUUUACAUUUUGCAUUGUUCGCCAAACUAACCUCUGCUCUUGUUUUUUCUUCUGUAGACCAAAGAGAAAGAGUUGAUGGAGCUCAGCAAGGCUGUAAACGAGACCCGGUCUCGCAUGGACAUUGCUCAGUCCGAGCUCGACAUCUACCUCAGUCGCCACAACACUGCCCUGACCCAACUCAACACUGCCAAGCAGACGCUUCAGACAACCUCUGACACACUCCGUGAGCGCCGAGCUGCCAUCAAAGACUUGGAAGUGAAAAUCCCCCAGAAAGAGCAGGAGCUGAAGAAGGUCAGACCAACAUUAACAUUAUUUCCUGAAUAACAUUUGCAUGAGACAUUGUCACCUGUGAAAGGUGUAACUCGAGCUCAAAUCAAUACGCUUACCUAGUUUGUAGGUGUCAUCCAGUUUCUUCCUUUUUCUCUCUGCAGGAUGAGGGAGAGCUGGAGCAGCUGAUGAAGAUGGACAGUGAGACCAGGGAGGUGGUGAGGGAGAUGAGACAGAAGGUGGAUGAAGCCAAGAGCUCUCUGUCCUCCAACCGCAGCCGAGGAAAGGUCCUAGAUGCCCUCAUGCAGCAGAAGAAGAAAGGCAAGAUCCCAGGCAUCCUUGGAAGACUGGUAAAGAGCUGUUAUCUCUGUUAUAGACAGACAUUUUUAGUAACUGCCUAAUUUUUUGUUGUUUAGCUUGUGUGAGCAGCUUGAAUCCUGUUCACAUUUGUGUAUGAUAUAUCUUUUUUUGAAUUCAUACUUAGAAUAAAAAUCUUCAAACUGUAUCAUAUGUAUCAAAUGGAUUUUUUGCCAUUAGGGAGACCUUGGGGCCAUAGAUGAAAAGUACGAUGUGGCCAUUUCCUCCAGCUGUGGUGCUCUGGACAAUAUUGUAGUGGACACUAUCGACACAGCCCAGAAAUGUGUAACAUUCCUGAAAGAGCAGAACAUCGGAGUGGCCACCUUCAUUGGUCUUGACAAGGUAAAUAUUUGACAAGAUGUGUUUUUGACAAACUUUCAUAAACACCGAUAGUUAUUUCAGUUUCCUCUGAUUAAAAAAAAAUGUCUGCUUACCUUCCUCUUCAUCAUUCCUCCUCGAUUCCUUUGUGCAGAUGAAGGUAUGGGAGAAGAACAUGGCUCCAAUUCAGACUCCAGAGAACAGCCCUCGUCUCUUCGACAUGGUGAGAGUGAAAGAUGAAAGUGUGCGGCCCGCUUUCUACUUCGCCCUGAGGGACACCCUGGUGGCCCACGACAUGGAGCAAGCCACAAGGAUGGCCUUCCAGAAGGACAGGCGCUGGAGAGUGGUCACUCUGAAGGGGCAGAUCAUUGAGAUGGCUGGUGGGUUGACCUGCUUUUAGGGUCCUCUCUCUCUACAUGCUUAUUUGCUCUCUCAGUCAGGAAAACAGUGUAUGUGAUUAUAUCAUGUGCGCUUAACAGGAACCAUGACCGGUGGAGGAAGAGUGUUGAAAGGCAGGAUGGGCUCCUCCAUUGGCACUGAGAUUCCCCAGGACGAGGUGAGGACCAGUGUGCUUAUGAUACACAAAAAUACAACCAUGUAAACAGCACAAUAGCUGGACAUGUCCACAAGUGAUGGGAAUACAUUAGCAGUAGAUGAUAACAGCACAUUAACACCCCCUAAGUAUCAUGGACGGGCAGCUUUUCUGUUUGGCUAAAAAGUAAAGAUGUAGCUGGUCUGUGAUCAGUAAAUGUAGCUGUUGACUGCAGCUUGGUCCGGGUGCAACUGGUGCCACCACAGCCAAAUACAGCAAGGGGAUGUACCUGGAGUCCACAAUUCAGACAAAACCAUCACACUAUUUUUCGACCAAACAUUGUGAAAUAUUCCAAAUCAUACACAGAAUGUUCAUACUGCCUUGUUUUGACAGGGGGGUUAAUUGGAGUAAUAUGCCUCACAAUCUUCAGUCUUUACAAAAUGAAGAAAACCAUUUGAUCAAUGAAACAGAAAGAUUCAGGCAAACGGACCCUGCUGUUGAUAAAUGAUCUUUAUAUGUUUUUCAGCUUGACCGGAUGGAGAGCAAGCUGAAUGAGAAAGUUUCAAAGCUCCAGGGCUGCCAAGAGAAAAAGCUGCAGCUAGAGGAGAGCGUACAGCGACUGCGGCCACAGCUCCGAGAAAUGAAGAACACCCUGGAGAAAUACGCCAACAGCAUGACGGUAAAGCCAACACGCACCUCUUUUUCUUUAACUGAUUCACUUAUUGGGUGUGAUUGAUUGUCAUUUAAAUAAGAACCUCCUCUGGUUGUAUCAAACUACAAAGUGUGGAUGUAAACAGCUGAUGGGACACAGCGAGCCUGUUUGGUUGACUUGUUCCUCUCGACUUCCUUUAGAGUCUGGCUGACCAGGAGGUUCACUUAAAACUCCAGAUUAAGGAACUUGAGGCCAAUGUGCUGGCUGCUGCCCCAGACAAGGCCAAACAGAAACAGAUGGAGAAGAGCCUGGAGGCCUUCAAGAAAGGUAGAGUCCUCCUGUGAACUGCAAAGAAAAUAUUGCACUUAAUUGUUCAAUUUGUUAUAAAGAUAAUGAUCACACUGAUGCUGGGCUUGGAUGUAAUUUGUAGAAUGAAUUGCUCACUUAAGCAAAUGCUGUCAAAAAUCUCCUACGAAAAUGUUUUUCAGUUGAACUUCUUAAAAUAACCAAACAGAUGCUCCAUGUCCAAUAGUAAUAUUUUCACAAUAUCUGUUAUUUUCUCCCCAAAAACCCCCUCCCCUCGCUCUCAGACUUCGACGCAGCCUCUAGUAAGGCCGGGAAGGUGGAGAACGAGGUGAAGCGGCUCCACAACCUGAUCGUAGACAUCAACAGCCACAAGCUGAAGGCUCAGCAGGACAAGCUCGACAAGGUCAACGCUGAGCUGGACGACUGCUCCUCCACCAUAACCAAAGCUAAGGUGGCCAUAAAGACAGCUGACCGGUGAGGAAGCAGAGCAGGAAAUGAUGAAUUCAAGAUAACAUUUUGACAAAGGGAUUUCUGUCUUUUUUUUUAAAAGCAGUCGGUGACACCCCAGGAUGUACUGCACAUCCAUCUUACCUGCCUGUCAGUUGUACGGGGGCUGUGGGUGUAGUUGAGUCAACUUGCUGGAUAGGUCAGGAAAUUACUCAAAUCAAGCUUCAUUUGACUUGAUGUUACUUCACAGUCAAUUUCGUGUUAGAUCAGCAUCUGUUGAUGAAACACUGAGAUUGAUUGUGUUGGGCAGGUCAGUUCGAUCACGGUGAUCAGCUGAGAGCAUAUUUACUCGAUCAAACACAGCGGAAGUGUGCGUCACAACAGCCAAUCAGAGUCGAGCUUUUCCUGUUCACUUCUGUAAAUUACCAGAAAGGUAAACAGGAGAAGUAAACAGAAUGACCGAACAUGGAGCUAAAGGCGGAGCUGAGGGCAGCAAAAUAGAUGUCAGCCAUGACUUUGAGUCAUCCUCUGGAGAUACCCGAACCACCGCCACACAACUGACGUUGAUAACAUCUUCAAAGUGACGUCAAACAGUUAAGCUGAAAAGCUGAAAGCUCAAAAACCGGCAACACAACAGGACUGUUUAAUCAUUUGAAGUUCUCCCCAGUGAUUAUGCGGAAAGCAUGAAAAUGGAAGCGGAGUCUGUACAGCCUGUCACUGCUGACGCUACGAGUAGCAUGAGCAGUUUAGCUACAACUAGCAGUGCAGCCACUAGAUCAAAACAGCAGCCAAUCUGUCAUCUAUGUUUACAUUUUAAGGCAUUUUUAUUAUCCCUAAGGGGGCGAUUUUGGGUCUUGCAUACCUGCAAAAACACUCAGGACUGUAAACUUAUUCACUGUGUUAUCUAGUAUUUAUCUACAUUUGUUGUACUGUUGAGUUAAAAUGUUUUUUAUAUUUUUCAAAGAUUAUCUUAUUCAAUUAGCUUUAUUUACUUUGUAAAAUGUUGAACUAAUCUCUAGUUUCUUUAGUUUUUAGUACAGAUGCUUUAAAACAGGCAGUUAAAAACAUUGUGAUAAUAAUCGAGAUCGGACGAUAUGACAAAAUAUAUCAUCAUUUUUUUUGCCAAAUGGCCCAGGCCUACGUGAUUGUCAUUCAGUUUAAAACAGUGAAGCUGAUGAAUAGUCACCACUCCGGCUGCCUGUUGGGCUUCUUCCUCUUGUAUGUCAGACACAGCCUUGAUGCAGUUUUUAGUGUCAACAUUUUCAUCCUGCAUAAUUUUUGCACAUUAGAAGAUCUAGCUUUUCUCUUCAGUCCCUUUUUUAUGUGUUUUUCUUUUUAAUCUUAGUACGCCCCAUCACACAUGUAUUACCCAGUUAACCUGAACACCAUAUGCAGACAGAUGAAGCACUUAAACUGCUGUUUGGCAGUAACACACUUCUUGUAUCACUCCUCUUUAAACACAACAGCAGGAUAACUUUUCUGAGCCUGGCGUCGCUUCUUAAUGUCACCAACUCUGAGCUGACAUUUUUUGCAACUCUUUAUAGACAGUUUUUUUUCCAGCAGACCUGACUAUUAUCAGCAGUUUUACACAGUCACUCCGACCCACUCUUAACAUCUGUUUUUUUCCUUUCCGUGUCCGCUCUGCAGAAACCUGAAGAAGUGUGAGGAGAGCGUGAACCGCCUGCAAAGCGAGCUGGAGGAGAAUGAGAAAGCAAUGGAGGAGUUCACCGAAAAAUUGAAGAAGUUGGAGGAGGAGGCUGGGGAGAUCAUAAAGACCUGUCAAGAAGCUGAGGUUGAUAACUUUUUACACUCCCGCCGUUUGAAGAUUUCUCUUUUCUAAGUUUGGUUCAGUUUUUUGAAAAAUGAUCUGACAUUUCAUAGCGAGAUUUUCAAAGGAAGAAUCUAUUUCCUCAGUCGAUUUUCUCUUUCUCAUUCUCCCGUCCAGGCUGCUCUUCCUGAAGUGCAGGAGCAGUAUCAGGGGGUGCUGAAGGAGAUCAAGGCCCUGCAGCGACAGGAGCACGCUCUUCAGGAGGAGUCCCUCAGUGUCCGGCUCCGUGUUGAGCAAAUCGAAACCACCAUCACUGAACACAACAACAAGAUCAAACACUGGCAGAAAGAGGUUUGUUUAUAUCUGAGCAAAUCAAAUGUGUGAUUUUACAGAACCUUUUGCACCUUCAAGUUUUACUUAAGUUUGUCCUUGACAUCUUUUUUAGGCCACCAAGCUGUCUCUUCACUCCAUAGACGACAAACCAGCCGAGGAACUUCCUGUCCUCACACCCGAUGAACUGUCUGAAAUCUCUAAUCCAAAUGUGAUAAUAAACAAGAUGACCAUGUUAGAGACCCAGUGUGCUCAGAUGAAACCAAAUCUUGGAGCCAUUGCUGAGUACAAGAAGAAGGUAGAGUACUUAAUACUCUUGACCAGCAAGAAGUAUAGUUUGGAAUGAAAGAUUUAGACCCACGGUCACAUGUUUGUGUUUGUAGGAGGAGCUGUACCUGCAGCGUGUGGCUCAGCUGGACGAGAUCACCUCAGAGAGAGACAACUUCAAACGUGGCUACGAAGACCUGCGCAAACAGCGUCUCAACGAGUUCAUGACGGGAUUCAACAUCAUCACCAACAAGCUGAAAGAGAACUACCAGAUGCUUACACUGGGUGGCGACGCAGAGCUGGAGUUGGUGGACAGCUUGGACCCCUUCUCUGAAGGCAUCAUGUUCAGGUUUGACACCUGCCUCAUCCAAGUCGACUCAUUCUUUUACCAACAGAAAUCCCAGAGGUUUGAGCUCUUAUGUGUGUGUUUGUAUGUUUCUUAACUAGUGUUCGUCCUCCAAAGAAGAGCUGGAAAAAGAUCUUUAACCUCUCAGGAGGGGAGAAGACCCUCAGCUCCCUGGCUCUGGUGUUUGCCCUGCACCACUAUAAACCCACACCGCUCUACUUCAUGGAUGAGAUUGAUGCUGCUCUGGAUUUUAAGAACGUCUCCAUUGUGGCCUGUUACAUUUACGUGAGUACGAACACGUGUGUCAUGAUUUGUUUCACUGUGGAUUGAUAUUGAUGGGUGAAAGUGUUAGAGAUCUCAUUUUUAAGAGUCCAAAGUCUAGUUUUAGCAGAUAGGGAUUAAAUAAUCAUGAAAAGCCUCAUUAUUGUUUUUAAACCCACGGGCUGCUACUGAUGUCAUUAAUUUGAAGAAUGGUCUGACUGGUGUGUGUCUGUUGUGUAACGCUGGAAUAAUGUCUCACCUCAAGACAAAUCACAUGUUUUUGGGAGCUGGCUCAAAACACUCUGCAAAGGUUUUAACUGUUCACUCCAGAGUUGAUGUUAGUUUUGUUUUAGAGGUAUAUAAAAUCUCUGCCUCUCCUCAUGACAGUAAAUUAAUUCUCUUUUGUUUUAUUUGCAGGAGCAAACCAAGAAUGCUCAGUUCAUCAUCAUCUCCCUCAGGAACAACAUGUUUGAGAUCGCCGAUCGUCUCAUCGGCAUCUACAAGACUCACAACACCACCAAGAGUGUGGGAAUCAACCCCAAGACCAUCGUGUUCAAAGAGCACCAGGCUGUCACUGCUUAAACCUCCAGAACCUCGGCUUUCUUUUCACAUCUGUGUAAAUAUUUUUGUAUCUGUUUUUAUCCUGUCCUUUAUAAUAAAAAGCUGCUAUUCUUUAUUCUUUUUAACCAAUAAAUCUUUCAUAGUACGAUC